AUGGGUUUAGUAUCAUCAACGUAUAAAUAUAAAAAACGAGAUAAAAUUAUAACUGUUAUUCAUGAUAAGUACACUCAAACGACGAAUACAUUGCCAAGUAUGAUAAAUAGUUCUUCAUAUCGUCAUGAUCAUUUUUUAUCAUCAUAUCAUCAUGUGCCAAGACAUUCAAUUUCUCCACUUCGUUCUGUAGCUUUCGAUAAAUUUUCUCGUAGCAAAAGUAAUACAACUUAUCAUCGUCCUUGUGCGUAUGAAGCUAAAAAGUUCGAUCGUAUUGCUAUUCGGACUGAUCCUCCUCGAAGAUCAUCAGUAUCGAAUAUCAUUCAUAAUACAUCGGACCAUGAACAUCGAACAUUCAUACGUGUUCAAUCAUCGUGGGCAAUAAAUAAGAAUGAUCAAUCAUUUAAGCAAAAUAUUGCUGAUGAAUCACAUCUAGUGGAACGUUCGACAUCGAAACCGAUCGAUAUGUUUUUAGUCGAUAUUUCAAAUGAACAAGUUCGUAUGGGUCAACCGGUUUCAAUGAAUAUACGUCAUUUACUUUUGAAAUCACCUGACGAUAGUUAUACACAAGCUUUAACUCCUGUUUGUGCUAAAAAAUCUCCAAACACUACUUAUGUACAUGAAAAUCUUCUUAAUUACAUUCCAAACGUUUGUGAAAGAUAUCCAAAUUUGACUGUCGACUCCAAUCAACCUACGCAUAAUACACUUCAUGCUAAUUUACCAUUAAAAUUUUUUCACAAAUCGACCUGA